UUGCAGACGACUGUUGGAACGAUCAGUAAAUGGCAGCCGUUUUAAAAAUAUUACCGGCAAAAUUUAUGUUUUCGACGUUAAAUCAAGAGCUGUAAAUCUUGAUUAUUGUUGAAUAAACGUUCCAAGGAUGCAUAUCAUUUGACAUUUAACACCUGACAAUGGCGGAAUUUGGACGUGGGCGAAGCAGCAGUCCGCUUCGGACGCGGGCAGAGAGACCGUUCUUGGACUCGAGUGUUGGUGUAAAAUACAGCGUCUCUACGCCGUCUGUCCGCGCCGGAAGCCCCGUGGGACGGGGUCUUCAUGGGUCCGCUGCAGGCGGUGGAACUUCCCGUGCUAGUAAUGUCAGCGGUGCUGGCAGCGAAUCUAUGCAAGGUUUGAUGAAUGAGUUUCGUGAGCUUUACUUGAGUCGAAUGGAGAAACUGGAAGCAGAGGACAGUGGGCAUGAAGAAACGGCAAAGAAGAAGCUGCGCAUCUUACAAUCGUACAUCAGUGAUCUGACUGAACAGAACGACGUUCUUCUCCGGACAGUGGAGGAUUUGGAGAGGGAGGCUAAUGAUCGAGUCUCGUUACUGGAAGGGAAAUUACAGCAAGCUCAGACAACAGUAAAGGACACCACCAUCAAAUGCAGAGACGUGGAACACGAGUUGCGACUGGUAACAAUACAGAAGCAGAACUCAGAGCAAACCCUCCAUGACAUACAGCAUCGUUUUGACCGACAGACGGAGGAAAAUGAAGCAUUGCGAGAUGAAAACAACGACAUGAACCACGACCUGAAUAUCCUGAUUGGACUGAUGAGUGAAGCGAGGGCGACAGGCAAAUGGGAAUUUGGCAGGUUAGAGGCACUACGGAUCGUCUCCAAGGAUCAGGUCUUGGGGCCAGGGCCUCGAGACAUCCCAUCGAUCGAUGCCAUCAUGCAGGGUCAUAUAGAGGAGCUCAAGUCCCAGCUUGCCCAUCGAGAUGGACUGAUAGUCAAGCUGCAAAAUGAACUACAAAAUAGUCGAGAUGACAGAAUGAGCUCUGCAGAAGAGAUUGCACGCAGGGACGUAGUCCUCGACUCAGCCAAGUCGACAUUGUCAUCCAUCCACGGCAGGGAGCAGCAGCGGAUGGUUAGCGAAACGGAUAAAGACAUCACCAUAAUGAAGCUCAAGACCACACUGAGACAUGCUGAGCAGAAUAGAAAAGACGCUUUGUAUGAGAUGGUUGGCAAAGAAGAGAAUAUUGACAAACUCCGCUUCUUGGUGAAUGAGCUGCAAAAUGAGCUGGUUGUACGAGAUUCAGAGAAAGCCAGCCAUGCUCAAACCAUCUCUCUUCUGCAGGAGAAACAGCGACAGGGGUCUGACGAGGUGGCUCAUCUCGACCAGCGAAUCAGAAAUCUAGAAACAGAACUAAAGCAGUCACAUGACCAGAGAAGGAAAACAAUAGAGGAGGUUGGUGUCUUACAGUCCAGAAUAAGGGACAAGCAAGGCUCUUCCAAGGACAGUCACCAGCUUCUGAAACAAGAGCUUACCAGACGUGAUGAUACAAUCCAGCAGCUGAGGAAGGAUGUCCUGAGCCUACAGGAGCGACAUGAUAUUACACUGACAGAGUUGGAUUCACAGAAGAGAAGGGCACAUGGAUUACAACAACAGGUGGACAGGCAAACUAACGAGUUGGAAGCACAACAGAGAAAUGUCCGCAAUCUACAAGAUCAGAUGGAAAAGAAAUCCAGACAGUUUCAGAAGAAUGAGGCCGAGACCCACAACCUUGAGGAGGACUUAGCCACAGUGAGCCGGCAGCUCCAGUCAGCCCUGGAAGAGUCCUCCAUGAAGGAGAGAUCAAUGAGGGAGUUACAGAAAGAUCUUGGUCUGAGCCAGACUCGAUGCAACGAGCUGAAGGCACAGGGGGAGAAGCUGAAACAGCAGGUGUCCACUCUGACUGCGGCCUCAAAGGAUGCAAGGAAAGCACUCACUGAAGAGGUUGCAGAGAGGCAUGACAUCAUUAUCAACCUAAGGAGCGAGUUGGCCAUAUUAGAAGAGAAACACCAAGAGAGUCUUAUCCAAGUCAUGCAUAGAGGGGACAUCAUGCAACAACUCAGAUUAGACCUGAAGAAGACGACCACAGAGUUGGAAAACGCCAAGGAGGAACUCUCACAGACCGAGGGAGAAGCAAGUGAGCGAGCGGCCAAACUGCAGGCAGAACUGGUCAUCAAAGAGGGCGCACUUCAAGCCACUAAAGCAGAGCUAAUGAGCUUCCAGGAUAAUGUAUCAAAGAGCCAAUCACAAGUUCAAAAUCGAGAGGAGACCAUUCAGCGAUUGCAGAAGCAAGUACUGGAGUUCCAGGGUGAAUCUGGAAGGAGAGAAAACAUUGUACAGACCCUGGAGGCUGGAGUCACAUCUGCUCAUGAAGAGAAGCGCAGACUGGUGGAAGAGCUUGGUCGGAAAAAGAGCUCCCUAUCUCAGAUGGAGUCUGAGUUGAAGAAGACUAAGCAACAGUUACAGGAUGCUAUGGAGGAGAGUGGACGUCUGGCUGCUAGAAUCCAAGCAGCACAGAUCACUGCACAAAGUGAACAGGAUGUCAUGUCUAUUGAGGUAUUGCGUCGGGAUGAGGCAGUGCAGAGAAUGAAGAAUGAGCAGACAGCACUCAGGGAGCAACUUGUCAAGUCAGAGGAGAAACUUUCUAAGCAGGAGAUGGCCUUAGAACAAAUGAAACAUCAGAACAAGAUGGCCCAGAAUGAGAUCAAGAACAAGGAGGAGAAUAUAGCAAACAUGGACAGGCAGCUGCAAGACAUGAGGCACAUGCACACUGGUGCCAGGGAUGAAGUUGAACGGCUAGAGGAAGCACUGCAGGAGCUGAAUAGUGAGUUCCAGAUUCUACAGUCAAAUGAAGAGAGCCUCAACCAUAAGGUUCAGAUGAAAGAGGAUGCAAUUUCUGAAUUGACAGCGGACGCCGAGACGCUUCAUCAGCAGCAUAAAGAAUUCCUGGCCAAGAUUGCUGAGCGUGAUGACGUUCUUCAAAAGCUGAACACUGAGCACACUAAACUCAAGAAUAGAAGCCAGGAGAAAACCAGCGAGAUUCAGCGCCAGACCAACAUGAUGAAGAGACUUGAAGACUCCAUCACUAAAUCGCAGCUUGACAUGGAGGAAAUGAGGAGGAAGAACCAAGAAGAGUUGUCCCGGCGGGAUGAGAAUCUAACCCAGAUGAGAGAGGACUUGAUGGAGUCCCAGCAGCAGUACACUGCAUGUUAUAAUGAGGUUAUGAAACUGGAAGAUCUUUUGGAUCGCGUCCGAGCAGAGAGUUCCAAGCUGCAGAAGCAGGCAGAGCAUGAUGCUGGCGAGCUGCUGCGACUUGCUGAACGCUCCCAGCAGCAGGAACUGGAUCUAGCCAUCGUCCAGGAGAAACACAGGACAUGCCAGCGAGAGGUCGGGAGCCGGGACCAGACUAUACUGAGGCUACAGGCCGACCUGGAUACCGCUCAGCAGCAGUACCAGGGAUCCUUGGAAGAGCUAGCAGCAUUUGAGGAGGAUCUGCAGGAAGCCAGGUCAACGCUUAAAGGUCUUCAGGGUGAAGCUCGUGACCUCAGGGAUGACCUGACACAAAGGCAAAGAAAGAUUGCUUCUGAUGAGAAGCUGAUACAACAGCUGCAAGAACAGAAUCAAGCUGCCAGGAUGGAGAGUCAAACCCACCUGGCUGAGAUCGGCCACCAACAGACUUCCGUCCAAGCCGCUAAGCAGCUCCACACCGACGACGUUCGCAGCUACUCCAUGCAGGUCAACGACCUCAAGCACGAGCUAGAGGACACUCAGUCCCAGCUGGAUAGGAGCGAGGGGUUGGCUCAGCAGUAUAAGGGCACCAUCGAGAGUCUGAAGGGGGACCUGGCCAACACACAACAGCUGCAUAAGAACGCUGCAGAGAGGAUCGAGCAGACAAACCGUGCUCUCGAGCGUCAGGAGGAUUCCUACAGCCGAGCCAGACAGGACAUCGCCAAGCUGGAGGAUCAGCUCCAGCAUGCACAGUACGUCAUCCAGGAGGUGACUACAGAGCUGGGCAGUUACAAGGAGCGGUACAGCCAGAGUGUGGAGCAGCUCCAGAGAGCGGAUACAAGCUCUACCAUGACGAUAAGAGGCCUGGAGAAACAAGUCUCCGAGUGUCAGGGCAAGAUCAAAGAGCGAGAUGAAACGACGGAGAGGCUACGACGGUCCAUCACUGACUUGGAGCUUCAGCUGAACGAUAAGACAGACCACGCUGAGAAGGCAGAGAAGGUGAUAGACACCCUUACCAAGGAGCUUGAUAAGAGCCAGGGGGAGUUGAGGACCACUAAGGAGAGACUGGAGACGGGCGAAGAUAACAUCGAGAACUUGAAAGAAAAACUGCUGGAAAAACAACAACAGUCUGCCCAGUUCCAGGAACAAGCUCACAAGCUCCAAGCUGAUCUGAAGUCUUACAAGGAGGACCACAAGCACAGCGUAGAAGAGGUGAAUGAAAGAGAUGAAAACAUGCAACAAUUUCAAGUCAAUGUUCGCCAUUUGGAGAGUGCCCUCUCUGGCAAGGAGAGAGACCUGGUUGACCUGAGAGGUCGGCUAGAGGAUAUGACCUCUGACCUAGAGGAUACAAGAGGGCGACUGGAGGAAGUGGAAAAGCAACAACAGGAUUCGGAGAAAGUUGUGAAACAGCAGCAGCUCAGUCUGGCAUCCAAUAGCCAGAAGCACAAAACAGAGAUCUUGAAGUUUGAAGAUCAGCAGAAGCAGCUUGAGUCUGGCCUGUCUGAUGCCAAGAGGUCCGCUAAAGUCCUGGCCCAGGAACUAGAGAAGAAGAGGGAAGUCAUCACCAAGAAAGAUGCAGAGUUAUCAUCGGCUAAAGAUAACAUCAAGAUGAAAGUGGAUGAGAUUGAACGUCUGGAAACAGCAGUCCACAGCCUAAAUGAGGAAAUCCACCAGGUACAAUCCAGAGAGAGACAGAUGCAGAAUGACAACUCUAAGCUGCAGGGGGAGGGUAGGCAACUGAAAGAAGACCUUGUUGAGGCCAGACAGCAGUACAGAGAGGCAGCUCAAGAGCUAGCACAUCACGAAGAGAAGCUGAACCUAAUGGAGAGCAGCCUCCAAUCCACCCAGGAGCAGCUCAGUAACCGGGUCACCGAGGUCGUCCGUCACGAACAGCUUAAUCGACGUCUCCAGGCUGAGCUGCGAGCGGCACGCGACCAGAUCCAACUCCUGGAGGAGGAGGCCGAGGAACAGCAGAGCAUGGUGGAGGGACUCCAGAGGGAGUUGGCAGGAUCAAGGGAAGAGCUUGAAGAGGCCUCGGGUGAGCUUGAGAGAUGGAAGAGCGAGGCUAGGGUGUUGAGUGAACGAGGCAAGGAGGCGGAAGCGCAGUUGAAGGCGGCGCAAGAGCAGCUUUCAGAGCAGAGCAGUGAGCUGCAGGAACAGAGGGAGGAAUUACACGCAGAGAGACAGCGGUUUGACGACGCUAGCAGAAAGCUGCAGGAGUAUAAAGUACAGCUGGGCGAGCUGGAGGAAGAGGCUGAAUCUUUCAAAUCACAGAUGAAAGAAUCGGACUCAAUGAUGUUUGAAAAGGACAACCAGAUCACCACCCUAGAGGAGGAGCUAGCCUCCUUACAGUCCAAACUCCGCGGUCUCAGUGAGGACCUGAGUGAAAGGGAGGGCCAACUCCACGUCGUCCGGAUGAACCUAGAGACUUCGGAGCAGCAGAAUCGUCGUCAUGCGCAGUCCGUGUCCCGCUACGAGGAGACGUUGACUCAGCUGCAGGCCGAUCUGGAGAGGAGCCAGGAGGAGUAUCGAAGCGCUCAUGCUGAGUUAAUAGAGAACCAGCAGCAGGUCCGUGAUAUGAGAGUGCAGCUGAGUGAAGUACAGGGCCAGCAUAAGGAAGCCAUGAACCAGCUAGGAGAGAGAGCUACACUCGCUGCUAAGCUACAAAAUGAACUAUCAAGAGCCGAUAAGCAGAAUCAAUCACUAUCUGAAGAGGUCGGUAUCUACGAAGACAAGAUGCGCAAACUCCGUGGUGAGAUUCAGAAAGUGCAGGAUCUGAACCGUCAGAGUGAGAACGAGGUGCGUAACUACGAGACACACAUCCAGGAGGUGAGCAACAAGCUGAGCCAGGCCAAUGAGAAGCAUCGCUACAGCGUUCAGGAGGUCGCCAUGAGGGAGGAACAGAUCGUCGUCUUGAAGGUGGAGGUUGCAUCGCUUCAGGAGAAGUUCAGGCAGCGGAUUGACGAGAGUGACAAACUACAGAAAGAGGCCAACGACACCAAGCAGAAGUAUCUUGAGCGAUGCAAGGAGAAUGAGCGUCUUAGGACGUCACUAGAGGAGGCCAGGUCCAAUGGGGACCGUCUGCACAGCGAGAGUGAACUGGUCGUCUCUAACGUCAACUCAUGGGUGCAAAGCCAGAAAGAUGCCAACGAGAAGCUGGGAGCCAAGAUCAAAGAGCAGAAUCAAACAAUACGAACCCUCAACAAUGACAAAGAUCAGCUCCUGGAGAGUGGUGAGGUCCUCCAGCAGACGGUCAAUCGUCUCAAGCUGGAGAAUGAGGAUCUGAGGGUAGCUGCUGAGCGCUUCAAAGCACUCCAGAGCCACUCAUCACAUCAACAGCUGCUUCUACAACAACUCAAGAGCAGACUGGAGGAACAUGAGACCGACCAGGAGCAGGAGAUCUCAGAGAAGCUGUUUACCAUCGAGGACCUCCACGCCCGACUCCAAGCCAACGUCUCUACCAUCCAGCAACUGAACAAACAGAUACAAGCCCUGAAGCAAGAGACGGUCAGACAGAGGUCGGAGAUGGAUCAGGAGAGAUUGAGUAGACAGAAGCUACAGAUGCAACUUGAUAGCAGGGAGCAGGCUAUAAACAACCUCAAAGCACAGUUGGAGUCGGAUAAGUACCAGCGAUCAGUGAAUGGUACCACACCACGGCGUGGUGAAGGGACGUACACGCAGAGCGGUCUUACAGACUCAGCCUACACCUCAGGGGCUGCUGUGGAGAAAGGACGACAACGCCAAAGCAAAGACAAGGUUCAGUUGGCAUUGAACAGCGCCCUUAAGGACACGGGGGUCAGCGACCCCAACACACUGGAUAAGUCCUACUGGAUCCAGCGCGUUGGCGACCUGUCCGUACAGCUGCAGCAGAGCAGUGAGUUCUGGUCAGACAAGGUGAAAGAGCUGUCUAGGCACCAGGGAAGAUCACGAAGCCCCUCCCCUCACAAGUGACCACCGGAGUGAAGUGAAGAAAAAGGUUUGCAGAAUAGAAAAAUAACUAACGGUGAAAUUGCUGUAUCUAUUAACUGAUUAAAACAAUUACUAUGACCCCAAGCUGCUUAAAUAAGGACCAACCCAACACAGUACUAUCUCAGCCUGCUCAGGUUUCCAUUUAUACACCUGGGUUAAGAGACGCAAUAGACCAAAUUAAAUAACCCUUAUUUUGCUAUGAAAGUCGCCCUCUUGUAGGGCAAACUGUAUGCGCGUCUCAACGCGUACAUCAAGUAAGCACGCAGCGUUCCCAGUUUGAUUUCUACUGCACAUGUACGCGCACCCCCACGCACACACUCACAUUCGCCAUGUUGUACGGCAGAUAUUUGAGUAGUGACGUCAUAUUCAUUACGGUCUAUUAUGGUCUAGUGCCGUGUUCAAUUAGCACAUGUGCCAUCACAUCCAAACCGUCACUCACUGAACAAUCGGCCAUUAGGACUUGAGUCCGAUGUGGCAGUAGGCCACAUGGCCAUGACAGCUUGUACACUUCUUUUCAAAAUUCCAGCCUCAUUUAUUUUAGUUUCUUUGCACUUUUAUUUAUAUUUUGGUGAGGCAACUUUUUAGAAUUUACUAGAGUGUUACACUGCAUAGUUUAUAAACUUUUUCCUCUGCCGUUUCGUAGUCUAUAUAUUGUAUAUAAUGGAGUUUUAUUUAUAAUUAUAUGUAAAAAGAAUACUAUAAAUCACACGUCCAUUUCAAAUAAAAUAUUUGACAAAUAAUAAUUUAGGAUUCUUAAAAACUCUUUUUAAUGAAAUGAUAGGACAUUAUUUUAACAAUAAUUGUUUAAUACUUUUUUUUACUGUAAAUUAUUUUUGGUUAUUAUAAUGGUGACAAGGAUUUACUACUCUAUGCACAGAAUGCGCUGGGUGACAGCCAGAUUCCUUGUGGCCUCAGG